UGCCUGGAAGGAUCUUGUAUUAUUGGGUUUGUUUUUACAUAGAUAGCAGCUUCACCUUUUAGGAUCUUCGAUACCAGUACUGCUUAGACAAACUGACAUCUUCCAAUAUGAGCUUCUUUCAACUCUUCAAGUCCAGUAGCAAAAUGACGAGAGACCACUCCAGCUCAGCAGAAGGGAAAAACAAGAAAAGUGUGAACGAGCCCCCUAAAGUGCCGUAUGAUCAGCCUGAUCUUGACAUCAUAACACCUGAACCAGAAGAGAAUAAUCUGAAAUGUGUGGAGGCUCUGAUAGUGGGUGCUGGAAGUCGAGGGAGAUGUUACUCCAAUUUUGCUGUUGAAUUUCCCAAAAGAAUGAAGGUGGUUGGAGUUGCAGAUCCCCGUUCCUGUGCCAGGGAAUACCUGAAAACAAAACAUAAUAUCAGUGAGGACAAACUCUUUGAAGACUGGAGAGAAGCAGCAGAGAAAGAAAAGUUUGCUGAUGCCGUGAUUAUAGCUACUCCAGAUAGGUUACAUAAGGAACCUACAAUAGCUUUUGCCAGAAAAGGAUAUCAGAUUUUACUGGAAAAACCAAUGGCUGUUACUGCUGAGGACUGUUCUGAAAUAGUUUCUGUUUGCAAAGAGACUGGAGUCAUGCUUGCAGUGGGGCAUGUCAUGCGUUACCAUCCUGUGUCACGGAAGAUAAAGGAGCUGAUAGACUCUGGUCUUGUUGGUGAUGUUGUGCACAUUCAACAUAUGGAGCCUGUUGGAUAUUGGCAUUUUGCACACUCUUUUGUUAGAGGCAACUGGAGGAAUGAAAAAGAAAGCACAUUUUCUUUGCUAGCAAAAUCUUGUCAUGAUAUUGAUCUCAUAUGCUACUGGAUGGGAAGAAGGUGUGUAAAGGUGUCAUCAUUUGGAACUUUGUCCCACUUUACCAAAGAAAACAAGCCAAAAGGUGCCAGUAGCCGCUGCUUAGACUGUUCAAUUGAGGAAACUUGUCCGUAUUCUGCAAAGAAGAUUUAUCUCAAGACAGCUGCACGGGGAAACUUUUCAUGGCCUGUGGAUGUUGUGUGCAGUAAUGGUGUCUUUGAUAUUGAAUCAUUGACUGAAGCCCUAAGAACGGGCCCCUAUGGAAGAUGUGUUUAUGACUGUGAUAAUGAUGUCGUCACUAAUCAGGUUGUUAACAUGGAAUUUGAAGGAGGGCUGACUGCGGCUUUCACCAUGAUUGCUUUUACCAAAGAUAUGGGUGCUAGAAGCACAACCGUCUAUGGUUCAAAGGGAGAACUGCAUUGUAAGGGAGGAGGACCUAUUGAAGUGUAUUCCUUUGCUAAUAGAACUACAUCUUCUUAUCAUGGAAAAAGCGCAUUUGUCCCAACAUCUCUGGGAAGCCACGGUGGAGCAGAUUAUCAUCUCAUGGACAGUUUUAUUUCCGCUGUCGCUAACAAUGAUCCAUCUAUAAUUCAGACUGGUCCAGAUGACACACUUAGAAGUCACCUUCUUGUCUUUGAGGCAGAGAAAUCAAGAACGGAGAAUUGUGUUGUUCAUCUAGAAAAUACCAAAGAAUUGGAAUGAACAAUAUGACUUGUAAAUGCAUCAAAUGCUUUAAGUGUCCUUAACAUAUACAUAUUAUUCCGUUUCAGCCAUUCCAAAAUUAAUGAAUGAGGUGCUGUACACUUGAUAUUUUCAAACUGACAACUAGUAGACAUUUUUCUUUAGGUAAUAAUGAUAACAUAUAAAUUGUAAUGUAAAGUCUUUUGUUUUUAAAUACAAAUCUGAUGUUUUAAUCUUA